AUGAUAUCAAAAGUAAUAUUAGACUAAAGCUUAUUAAUUUAAAGUAUUAAUUAAUAAUAAAUAAAAAAAUAUGAUAUUUUAACUAAAAAAUAAAAAUAUGCCUAUUCAUUAGGCCAUUUUUUUAAUGAUUUAUGCGCUUCAUGUUGGUUUAAUUAUUUCCUAUAUUGGAUAAAAUAUAUAAUAAAAUUAAAUAAAGCUUCAUAUGCUUUAUUAAGUGGUUAAAUAUUCGCUGCAAUCUCAACUGCAAUAGUAGGUUAUUUUUCCGAUAAAACACAUACUUAAUUAGGAAGCAGAAUGCCAUGGUAUAUAGUCGGUUUUGUAUUAGUAUUAGUUUCAUUUAUUCCGAUUUUCCAUAGGUUUGUUGGGGAAAAUAAGGAACUUUUUGAAAAUGAGAAUAUUAAUUAGACUGAAAAAGAAAUUUAUUAUAUAAUAUUUGCGUCAAUUUUUAAUAUAGGAAGAUCUUUUAUGUAAGUUUCUCAUAUGGCUUUAAUUCCAUCUUUAACUAGUUCAAUGAAAAAGCGAGAUUGGUUAAAUAAUAUGAGAAAUACAUUCGGUUAUAUUGCCAAUUUAUUAGUUUUAAGUUGUGCUUUGAUACUUUUUUAAUUCAUAUAGGAUUCUAAAUUAGAUUUCGAGAUAUUAGUUUAUAUUAUUUAUUUUUUUGGGAUUUUUACCUCUUUCUUUUUCAUUAUAAAUAUAAAUGAAGUGAAUUUAUAAAAAGGUUGUUAUGAAAAAACGGCUGAAAAUAUAAUUAUAAGUCUCCAAAAUUAGACUGACUCUACUAUAAAUUUAAAUAUUUUAUAAGGACAUGAAUGCAGAUGGCAAGAUUGGCUAAAAAAAAAGAAAUUUUAUGUUUUUGCGUUUGUUUUUGUAGGAUGUAGGGUAUAUUUUAAUUCAAUUUCUACUAUGAUGAGUUUUUAUUUAGUUUAUGUUAUGAAAGUAGCAUCUAAAGAUGAAGUAGUGAAUAAAACGCCUAUAGAAAUAGCUUUAGUGCCUUUAGUUUUAUAUACUUCAUGUGUAAUUACUUCCUCUUUAUUGAAUGAGAUUUUCAAAAUUAUUGGAAAAAAAUCAGCUUUCGCUUUAGGAGGAUUUUUUAUGCUUUCGGCUUCAAUAAUGUUAGGUUUUGCUUAAUAAAAUAUGUAUUUUUUAAUGUAUAUAAUUUCUAUUUUUACUGGAUGUGCGUAAUCUUUGACAAUGAAUACGGCUAUUACGUUUAUUUCGGAUGUUGUGGGGAAUAAAGAUAAGAGUUGUUCAUUUGUUUUUGGAUUUUAUACUUUUUUUGAUAAAAUUUUUACGGGAUUUGUGUUAUUUUUUAUUAGUGAAAGCUAAUAUUUUAAUAGCGAAGAGUUUAUUAGAUGGGUUACAGUUAGCUUGCCAUGUGUUUUUUGUGGGUCAGCAUGUAUUUUAGUAUAUUUUAUUAAUGUUUAAGAUUAUAAAAAAAAUAAUAAAUGA